GCCGCGUCUCCAUGGCGACGGCGGACGCGGCGGUGCAAGCAGCGGGUACCUACCUCCUAGAGACGCACUGGAGGCGGCGAGGACCGAGGCGGGGACUAGGCCAUGUCGGACCUGGGCUCGGAGGAGUUGGAGGAGGAGGGAGAGAAUGAUCUUGGGGAGUACGAAGGGGACCGGAACGAAGCGGGUGAGCGGCACGGACACGGGAGAGCAAGGCUGCCCAACGGGGACACGUAUGAAGGGAGCUACCAGCACGGUAAAAGGCACGGCCAGGGGACCUACAAAUUCAAAAACGGCGCUCGGUACAUUGGAGAAUACGUUGAAAAUAAAAAGCACGGCCAUGGCACUUUCAUAUACCCGGAUGGAUCGAGAUAUGAAGGGGAGUGGAUGGACAACUGCAGACACGGCUACGGCGUGUACUAUUACGUCAACAAUGACACAUACACCGGAGAGUGGUUUGCUCACCAAAGGCACGGGCAAGGCACUUACUUCUACGCGGAGACGGGCAGCAAAUACGUGGGCACCUGGGUGAGCGGACUGCAGGAGGGCGCGGCUGAGCUCAUCCACCUGAACCACAGGUUCCAGGGCAAGUUCCUGAACAAAAACCCCGUCGGGCCCGGGAAGUACGUGUUCGACAUUGGAUGUGAGCAGCACGGGGAGUACCAUCUGACAGAUACGGAAAGAGGAGAAGAGGAGGAGGAGGAGGAGGUGACGCUGAAGACCCUCAUCCCAAAAUGGAAGGCCACCAAAAUCACAGAACUGGCUCUGUGGACGCCGACCCUCCUGGAGGAGCAGCCGCCGGUGGACGGGGCUGGCCAGGAAGACGCCCCGGGACCCGAGGGCGGCGGGCAGGCUGAGGAGGACGGCCAGGCUCUGCUGGACACUUCCGAGGGGGAGACGGACUCCGUGAAGCCGGGGGAGGACGACGGAGACCCCGCCAGGGAGGAGGGGCUCGGGAAUGGCCAUGAGGAGCUUCAGUACGACACUGCCGAGCAGGAAAAUGUUAACUUUGAAGAGGAGGAGCAGAAGCAGUGAGAGCCGUCUGAGCAAGGAGCCAGCGGGAAGAGAGGGAGGCGUACCCCCACGCUGCUCCUGGCGCUGGUGCGGCCGUCAGCCUGUCUUCCUAGCUGCUCAUACAGCGCGGUCUAGCUACAUGAAUAAAGUCCUUCCUCACUGUUCGUUCAUGGAA